UAUUAUUGAUUAUCCGAGGUGGCGUGAUCACUUUUCUUAGAACUGAGAUACAAAGGCCAAAACGGAAAACUUUCAUUUUCGAAUAGAGCUCCAAACAUUUCAAUAUUGGUAAGUUUGAGCUAAGUAACAGGUCAUACAACUGUUUUGGGUGACGAAGUCGUAUAAGGGGAAAAUGGACGACCAAUCUUUGCAGUCGACGUCUUCUGAAUUUACUUGCAAGAUGUCGGAAAACUGCGCCGUUCCACUGUGUCUCCCAAACAACUGCAAAUGGGAUGAGCAGACAGGGGAAUACAGCACAGACGAAGAGGGUGAAAGAACCAGCCUGUAUGUUGUGAAUGCUGCUCUGGAACGAUUGAACAACAUUAAAGGUCCAGUGUGUGUUGUUUCUAUUGCUGGUCCAUGUAGAAAAGGAAAAUCUUACAUCUUGAGUAAGGUUUUUGAUCAAGGCGAAGUUUUCCCCCUUGGACAUGAGCUGGACCCCGAGACUAUGGGCAUAUGGUUGUGGAUUGUACCAGAAAAAUUUCAGGACGCCGGCGGACAGGAAUUCACAGUCGUCUUAUUGGAUUCAGAGGGAAUAGAUGCUGUAUCUAGUGACCAUUCUGACGAUCACUGUAUAUUUACACUGACCAUUCUUCUCGCUUCUGUACUGAUAUACAACUCCGCUGGUGUUCCAACCAGAACUGAUCUUGACGGACUAGACUACAUUGUCAAGCUGUCACAGCGAAUCCAAAUUUAUUCAGGAAGUCAAACGUCCAGUGAAGCCAAAACUUCCAUAGAAGAUGAUGAUGCAAGAGCCUUUCAGAAGACUUUUCCUUUCUUCGUUUGGCUGCUUCGAGAUGUUGUUCUUGCCCUUCCUAAAGGUUGCCAUAGUAUAAAAGAUUACUUCUUGACAAAGGUAUUCAAGACUUCAUCUGGCCCGAAAACUGACAAAGCAAAAGCAGUGGCAGAGAGCAUCCUCAGUUAUUUUCCUGGAUUUGACGCUUUCAAGUUGCCACCCCCUUCGUCUGAACCGGAUGUGGUGUUAAACCUCAACAGAGAUGAAGUACAGGAUGACAUCAACAAGUCCUUCAUUCGUGGGGUCGAUGAGUUUAAAUCAGUUAUGAGAUCUAAACUGACUCCAAAGCACAGCUUUAACGAGGCAGAGUUUGUCACCGGUGAAGCCCUCGCUGCCAUGGUAACAAGUUACGUCACGGCUUUAAACACCCCAGGAACAGUUCCCAAUGUUCAGAACGCCUGGGAUGUCUUCGUCUCCACCAAAUGUAGCCAGGCCAAAACAGCUGCUGUGGAGGAAUACGAUAAAGAAAUGGAAAUGGAAAUGUCUGGGAAGCUGCCAUGUGAGAGGGAUAUCGUCCGUCAAGCUCAGCUGGUAGCUCUUGAACGAGCACUAAAACUGUUUGAGGAAGAGACGUUUGGAAUAUCCACCGCUAAUAUAGACAAGUACCUGAACGAGUUAACGGCGUACAUGGAAAACGGCUUGAACAGUUGGCAAGAGCGAAACACGCAGCUGACCAAGGAAACCUGUAAGCAGCUGCUGAUUGGCCUGAAGAAUCAACACCUUGAUCCAGUUCUGAUCCAACUGAGGGGAAAGGAUGGCGCAAAGGUUUCGUUUGCUGAAGUGAUGGCCUGCUAUAGCGCUAUCGAGCAAGGAUUUAAGGCAGAGGCCACCGGGGCAGAGGACGUCUGUGCGCAAGUGUUUCUGGAUUUCCAUCCUGAGUUGCAGAAUGAGAUGGAGAAGCACAUGGAACAUUUGCAGCAACUCAAGGACUUUGACGAGAACCUGGCAUAUGAAAAGGAAGCCAGGGCACAAGAAAUGGAAGAAAGAAAGAGAGUUGAGGAGGAAAAGGCAGGUUUGGAAGAAGAAAGGAUUAGGAAGGAAAGGGAGAUGGAGCUCUUAAAAGCAAAACAAGAAGAAGAGAGACGACGCCUAGAAGAACAAUUGAGAACUGACAUGGAAGCUCAGAGGGAUCAAAUGCAGAACAUGAUGAGAGCAAACAUGGAGCAGUUGCAAAGAGAAAGACAAAACGUCGUUGACCAGAACCGAACAUUGCAAGAGGCUCUAUCAAACAUGCAACGCUCUAUGAAUGAAAGAAAUGGGGAGAUAGCAAAUCUUCAAAGACAGAUCCAACAAAUUGCAAACAGGCCACCACGAUCUCGACCCAAAAAAAAGAAGGGAUGUGUUGUUAUGUAAAGAAAACCCGCAGAAUGAUCAGACUGACAUGCACGGCACUCAAAGAUAACUUUGCAAAACUUUUAUAAUCUUUGUAGGGAACUUUUUACUGGAAGUGAUACAGUCAGCUUUGGAAGAGGAAGAAUAUGCUGUAUUUACUGUUGAGAUAUUUCACUAUACAUCCCGUUUACAACUAUUUAGCCAUAGCUCUCCGUUAGAUGGUUUUCAGGGGGCAUUUUUGCCCAAUUUGUGUCUCAAAAAACGAAUGAAAACAUGACCAGAUUUGUUUUCUUGCUGUGAAGUGUCGCAUUUGUGGAAUAUUUUCAGUGUCUUAAUUAUAAAUUCUGUUAUUGAGUAAAGGGUUUUGCCAACUGAGUAAGCGCUAUCCUUUUGAAUAUAUCAUUUCUUUAAGAAGUCAGUAACUUCUCCUUACAAAAUCAUUACAUGGUCAAGAAGACAGGAAUACAAAUAAAAAGUAAACAAAUAAAUAACCAGGGGAUAUGA